UUAUGGGCGGACACUCCGACUUGAUUGGCUUCCUGUGUUUAGUAAUUGGAUUCCCUAUUCUCUCCUUAGGAUUUGUCAUCACCUAGCACAGCUUCUACAUCGCAGGAAUACCAAGGAAACAGUUCAAGGUCCUCUUCCAGUAACAAAUUGAGAGUAACUCUGUUAAGCAGUGAAUGGAAGUCAACAAAAGGAGGCUUGUCAACAAUUAACCGAGUGCUGGCCAUUCAAUUAGCAAAACAUCCCGGCGUGGAAGUCAGUGUUUACCUCCCACAGUGUAGUAAAGAAGAUAAACAAGUCGCUGCAAGCCAAUACAGUGUAAAACUAAUUGAAGCCGAACCAAUGGCAGCUUUUGACCCAGUCGAUUGUUUGUCCUUCCUACCAAAAGACCAUGCUGUGGACUGUGUGAUAGGACAUGGGACCGUUCUUGGUCGGCAAGUGCAGGGAAUAAAACGUGAUCAUCCUCAAUGCAAGUGGAUUCAGGUCGUCCAUACCGAUCCAGAAGAACUUGCAAUGUACAAAGCAUAUGAAAAGCGCAUUUCCAAAGGUCAGAGAAAGCACAAAAAUGAGGUUGAACUCUGCAAAUUAGCUGAUAAAGUUGUAGCAGUUGGACCCAAGCUGGCUGAAACCUUCUCAAGAUAUCUCCGCCCUAGUGGAAAAGAUCAAGAUGUUAUCAACCUUACCCCAGGCAUUUUCUCUGAGUUUUCUGAUGUAAAGCAAGCCCAUGGCGAAUUAAGUUCAUUCAGUGUUUUAGUGUUUGGGCGAAGUGACAAUGAAGACUUCCAACUGAAAGGAUAUGACAUCGCCGCUAAAGCCAUUGCUGAGUUGAAAGACAAGACCUACAAACUAACGUUUGUUGGAGCAACAAGUGGAGAAGAAGAGCAAGUAGCAGACAUGUUACUCCAACAAGGCAUUGACCCAAGUCAACUCAAGGUACGUCCUUUUAAUGAAAACAGAGAACAACUAGCUGAAUUACUUUGUGAGGUAGAUCUUGCGAUAAUGCCAUCCAGAACUGAAGGCUUCGGGCUAGCUGCCCUUGAGGCUUUAUCUGCUGGUCUGCCUGUGCUGGUCAGUGAAAACUCUGGUCUUGGAGAAGCUCUGAAGAAAAUUCCCUAUUGUUCAAGCUGCGUGGUAGAGUCAGAGAAUCCCAGGGAAUGGGCCAAUGCAAUCAAAGCUGUCCGUCGCAAAGACAGGGAGAUGCGACUUAGAGAGUCUGAAAUGGUACGUGCAGCAUAUGCAAAAGAGUACAGCUGGAAGGAACAGUUGGAUAAACUUGUAGAAAAGAUGAAAGUUUAAUAUCUCGCUGGUAGGUAAGUUAAAUAAGUUACAGUGAAACCUGUAUUAAGCAAAUACCCUCUGGGAAUGUUCUAGUAACCGCUUAAUACGGGUGCCCACUUAAUAGAAAGUAGGCGUCGUUUCGUCACGUUGCUAUGGUAGCAAAAUUUCUGGAUCUCAACAAACCACAGUCCUGCAAAUAUGGUAGAAAAAACGAAAAAAUUGUAUAAACGUAUGACUUUCCUGUGCAUGAUUGCACCCAGGAACAAAAUGGUAGUCCAUACAUUGUUCGACAAUGCAAGUUGCCGUCUCUGUCAAGAAAACUUUGUUGAGAUCCAGAAAUUUUGCUACCAUGGCAACGUGACGUCCCACUUCUCUUCAUACAGUUUUCGAUAGAAAACGUCAUGUGAGUAGUCAAAUACUAUUCAAAUGAACGGAGGAAAUAAUAGAGAGGAGAAGUCGUUACGUCACCUUUCCAUGAUAGCAAAAUUUCUUGAUCUCAUCAAACUUUGGUCCUGCAAAUAUUGCUGAAAAAAAAAAGAAAAAAUUGACAUGUAUCACUUUCCUGUGUAUGUUGCAUUCAGGACCGAAACGACAGCUCGUACUUUUUUUUCAUCGUUUAUCAUGGUAACUUGACGUCACACUUCUCCUCUCUUUCGAGAUACUCCCAGAGACUAUAGCGGUAUACGUUUGCAUUAAUUUGAUUCUUUAUUGAAGUAGUUCAAUCCUUUAGACGUAAAACAAGCUGACUUUACAAACAAACAAAAUGAUAAAACAAAUUGGUAAAACUGAUCAACGGGUAAUAAAGGGCUUGGAGUACUUAUUGCAACGUGAGUUAUUUCCUUGUAACUGGUAAGAAGAAAAACUGACUGAAGAAGGAUUUAUUGUAUACUUAGCUGUAAACACGUGUACGUGUAUGCAUUUCCAAUUUCUUUUCUUCUUGUAUAUUCGACAACGUUGACGCAAAUUGAAACAUCUCUUGUCAAGUCUCGUUUUGGACUGUAAAUUCGACAAAUUUGUGAGAGGAAAUCCUUAGCAUUUCCGGUGUCUGAUGUCGUGUUGGAAGGUGCUUGGAUAGUGGAACCUAGUUUAAAAUGUCUGUUAAAUACACGUUUGUAAGAAUAUAAAUGAGCAUUUCAUCCACUCUUUCGGUGUCCGCGUACGCUUAAAAGAAGUGUUAUUUACGGGAACUAAGGGAAAUAAAUUUGGGGACAUUGGUUACUCUCCCUUUCGCUUAAUACAGGUUACAGUCAACUCUCACCUUGCGGACACCUCGCUAUAACGGACAUCUCGAUGAUACAAACAACAGCUAAAUCCCAGUCAAAAAUAAAUUACAGAUGCUUGACGAAAUACACUUCCGUUUUUACAGCUUUUUACGGACUCUCGCUAAUCAAGGUCCCCAUGGUGUCUGCUAUAUAGCGAGUUGACUGUACGAUUCCUUAGUACACGUAAGAUGACAAUGGUAUGAUAUACGUGUACCGUGUCAGUUAUUAAAUGUGAGAGCAAUUUCUGAGAGUGCUAAUUGAAGGUACCCAAUUCUCAGCUAACUACUAAUUUUUUGGCCAAAUAUCAGCUAACUGCUAACCCCAUUGGCACCCUCAUUUCUAUAUGCACCACACAUUUAGAGGCAGAAUUUAUAACAAUUAUCAACAGUCGCAUCUCCGUGUUGGCAGAAAUUUCCACUAAUGAGAAUGUUGCUAAAGAAAUUGGUUUGGAUGGAAGAAAUAUGUUUAAAACAUUAAAAACUUUAUGUAGCUUACCGGAGGCAUAAGAAAUCAACAGCAAAGUCGAUAACCUCAAAUCAACUGAGAUGGUAUGAUUUUAUUUUGUGUUAUUUUUCCACAAAAGGCUUUACUUUGUACCAGAUUUCAAAACAACGAGAAGAAGGACAUUUGGACGGACAUACCAAGAGCAGCCUCUAUAUCCUAACUGCGAAAAUUGCUUUUGUGGCUUCAUAUAGGGUUUGGCGGAAAACAAGUCCGACUACGCACAGUCACCCUCUUUGUGAAUUCACUAGCAGAUGAACUGCCUAAAAGUUGGUCCACAGUCUGAGCAGAUCAGUGGGUUCUAGUCUUAUUACCCACGCUCAAUCUAACAAUCCUCAUGUGCAGAAUCAGUGUAGUAAAGUCAGUGAAGACUGGUUUACAUUAACAGAUCUUUGCGACGCUUGAGUGAAUUGUUCCUCGUUGACAACGGUUAGGUCCUGAUUACAUGAGCCGGGCUUGCUCUUUUUUACCAAAAUCAGUCGCGAUACGUUAAUUGAAGGCAACAAAAAUCAACUUACUUUGUGAUUACUUGACAAUCAAGACAGUCCGGUUUGCAGGGAUCCCGGUAUGAAGAUGGCGUAAUACUAGGAUAAAAGUGGCCUCGACAAAGACAGCCGGUCCAGCUCAAGUGAUCAGGCCCUCAGAUUGCAAGUUAACAUAUGUGACUUUAGAAAACCUUGGUUGAAAAUGGAUUAUCCUCAGUCAUUUUGAAGCCACUGUAACUUUUAAGCAGGGCAAACUAUUUGAUAGGUGUCAUGAAAUUGCUGUUGCUUUGCACUGUGUCUAAAGGUAGAAAAUGUUUUUAGUUUGGACGUUUUGGAUAUCGGUAACGUCAAAGAUGUUAAAAUGAAGAACUCUAAUUACUUUGGUUUAUCAAGAUCUAUUUUAAACUACUCUCGAAUUCGAAGCUUUUUCUUGUUCAAUUUCUGACACAUUUUUUAAGGUUUCUAAUUUUUUAUCUGUAAAUAUUAUUUGUAAACAGUAUUAGCUGUAAAUAUAUUAGUUGUAAAUAUCUUAUCUAUCGUUUUUUUACUUUAGAUCAUUUAUUCAUUACUACUU